CCAGGCAGCAAGCAGCGUCACGAUAGGCCGCAACAGCCACCCAACCACGCGCCGCGGAGGCUACGGGCUGCAGAAAAAUAAAGCCGAGGAGGAGACCCCCCGUCUUGAGUUUCUCUAAUGAAAAAAUAGGGACUAAAAUCCUUGGAAAAGUCGAGGCAAAGUGGAAUUAAUCUUGUGUGAGGUUUUCUGAAAUGGCGAAAACGUGUGCGGGGGUUUGAUGUGUGUUUAACUGGCUUUAUGUCGUUUUAUGAGGGGAUCAAAAACUUGUCUGGCAACGGAGAGAGCCAGUGAGAAAGACGGAGCUUCUGUUCUGAAAGAUCUGAGACGGAGGGGGCAAGGCAGAAGGCAAUACAUCGUGGAGUCAUCAGACUAGGAGCUUUUGCAGGAACCCUUGCGUCUGAUACUUCACUCGUCGGAGAAAGGUGUGGAUGAUGCCAUGAUCCUAGUUAUCAAAGCGAAGCCCAGUCAAGAAUGGCUGGUCUGGCCCCAGUGUCUGCGGCGCUCGAGGACCAGGCCCCGAGCUGCGGGGCAGGCAGCUGAACCCCACCAGCGCUCGGGCAGAAUGACGCUCCAGGGGAGGCCCUAGCACACCCAAGCCAAGAGGAAGACGCAGAAAAGGAAGAGGAAGAAGAAGAAGAAGAAGAUGGGUGUCAAUGCCUCCAGCUACCCUCACUCGUGCUCCCCGCGCAUCGGAGGUAACUCGCAGGCCCAGCAGACCUUCAUAGGCAGUAAAGAGUUCCGUGGAUAUGCCGAUUUCCGCUUUCCCUCUGCCAGCCUAGGGACGUCGUCGUACUCCCAGCAGGGUUACGGCUGCGAGGCCAAGCUCUACAGCCUGGAGCACGGCCACGACAAGCCCCAGGACAAGAAGAAGAAGAGCUCCGGCCUGGCCACGCUCAAGAGGAAGUUCAUCAAGCGCCGCAAGUCCAGCCGCUCGGCCGACCACGCCAAGCAGAUGCGCGAGCUGCUCUCGGGCUGGGACGUGCGGGACGCCAACGCCCUGGUGGAGGAGUACGAGGGCACCGCCGCCCUCAAGGAGCUCAGCUUCCACGCCAGCCUGGCGCGCCCCGAGGCCCAGAGCCUGCAGCGCGACCUGGCCUCGCUCUACCAGUACAAGUACUGCACGGACGUGGACCUCAUCUUCCAGGACACCUGCUUCCCCGUGCACCGCGCCAUCCUGGCCGCCCGCUGCCCCUUCUUCAAGACGCUGCUGUCGUCGUCGCCCGAGUACGGCGCCGAGAUCCUCAUGGACAUCAACACGGCGGGCAUCGACAUGCCCAUGUUCUCGGCGCUGCUGCACUACCUGUACACGGGCGAGUUCGGGGCGGAGGACUCGCGCUUCCAGAACGUGGACAUCCUGCUGCAGCUGAGCGAGGAGUUCGGCACGCCCAACUCGCUGGACGUGGACAUGCGCGGCCUGUUCGACUACAUGUGCUACUACGACUCGCUGCUCAGCUUCUCCUCCGACGCCGAGCUGGUGGAGGGCUUCGGCGCGGCGGGGGGCGGGGCCUGCAGCGUGGCCUCGGCGGGCGGGCCCGGGCAGGGCUGCCCGGAGGAGGAGCUGCGGGCCCACAAGGCCGUGCUCUCGGCCCGCUCGCCCUUCUUCCGGAACCUUCUGCAGCGGCGCAUCCGGACCGGGGAGGAGAUCACGGACCGCACGCUGCAGACGCCCACCCGCAUCAUCCUGGACGAGUCCAUCAUCCCCAAGAAGUACGCGCGCGUCAUCCUGCACUGCAUGUACACCGACGCGGUGGACCUGUCCUACGUGCUGCCCUGCAGCCCCUCCGUGGGCAGCCUGAGCGAGGUGCAGGCCCUGGUGGCCGGGAAGAGCAGCAUGACCCGCGCCGAGGAGGCCAUGGAGCUUUACCACAUCGCCCUCUUCCUGGAGUUCAACAUGCUGGCCCAAGGUUGCGAGGACAUCGUGGUGGAGAGCAUCUCCCUAGACUCGGUCAUCACCAUCCUCAAAUGGAGCUCGCAGCCCUACGGCUCCAAGUGGGUCCACCGGCAGGCUCUUCACUUCCUGUGUGAGGAGUUCAGCCAUGUGGUGACCUCCGAUGUCCUGUACGAGCUCAGCAAGGAGCACCUGCUCACCGCCAUCCAGUCCGACUACCUGCAGGCCAGUGAACAGGAUAUUCUGAAGUACGUUGUCAAGUGGGGAGAACACCAGCUCAUUAAGAGAAUGGCGGACCGAGAGCCCAACCUCCUGAGCGGCACGGCCCACAGUGUGAACAAGCGGGGGGUGAAGCGCCGGGACCUGGACCUGGAGGAGCUGAAGGAGAUCCUGUCCCCCCUGCUGCCCUGCGUCCGCAUCGAGCACAUCCUGCCCACCCACAGCGAGGUCCUCUCCGACACGAUGAAGAGGGGCCUGAUCAGCACCCCUCCCUCGGACAUGCUGCCCACGGCGGAGGGGGGCAAGGCCAACGCCUGGCUGAGGCAGAAGAGCGCGGGCAUCUACGUGCGACCCCGACUCUUCUCACCCUACGUGGAGGAGGCCAAGUCUGUCCUGGACGAGAUGAUGGUGGAGCAGACAGACCUGGUGCGACUGCGCAUGGUGCGCAUGUCCAACGUGCCCGACACCCUCUACAUGGUCAACAACGCUGUCCCGCAGUGCUGUCACAUGAUCAACCACCAGCAAAUCACAGGCAGCCAGGCUGUCCCACCAUCUGUUGUGGCCAACGAAAUACCAGUGCCCAAGCUGCCAGUGGUGAGGGAGAUGAUCCGGAGGCUGCAGGAGCUGCGACACACAGACCAGGUCCAGCGGGCGUACGCCCUCAACUGUGGCGAGGGCGCCACGGUCAGCUACGAGCUCCAGAUCCGCGUGCUCCGGGAGUUCGGCCUGCCAGACGGCGCCGCUGAGCUGCUGCAGAACCCGCACAAGUUCUUCCCGGAGGAGCGUUUCGGGGACGAGAGCCCGGUCCUGGGCCUGCGGCAGGUGGGCCGGUGCCGGGUCAACAGCACCCCGGCUGUGGAGAGCAUGUUCUCCGACGUGGACGCCCUGACCAGCUUCCACCCGCCCCUGCCCCCGCCGCCUCCGCCCUACCACCCGCCCGCCACGCCCAGCCACGCCCAGCUGAAGGCGGGCUGGAGACCCCGGGCCCCCAGCCAGCCCCCGCCCCGCUCCUUCUCCUACCCCUGCAACCACACCCUGCUCCAGCGCCACCCCUCCUCCAAGCACAGCAGCCCCGCCUACCCGCCCGACUGCACCAACCCCCAGGGCGGGGGCCGGACCCUGCACCCCGACAAGCAGGGGAACAUGGAGCCGGUCAUCAACGAGUUCAUGCCGGACAUCGCCAUGGGGGUGUCGGCCAUGAGCCUGAAGGAGCGGCGGAUGCCUGAGGUGACGAGUGACGGCGAAGGCCGCGACCCCCACUCCCUCGCCAUGACGACGCCCCCCCUGCCCCUCUACCCGACGGGGCCCUGCCCCUCCGUCAGACACGGCCACCCGUCCUGCAAGAAGCACGGGGCCGAAGCCAAGCCCGAGCCCCGGCCGGAGUUCCCCGACCUGUACGACUUCUCCACCCACCACCCCUCCGCCCAGCUGCAGGGCUCCUACGCCGGGCCCGACCUCUACAGCCACAGCCGGCCGCCCUCCGGCCCCCACCCCCCGUCCUACAUGCCCGACAUGCACCCCCCCGCCCACGCUCCCCCCGCCCGCCCGGGCGAGGCCCUGCGGCUGGACAUGCUGGAGCAGCCGCCCCAGCGCCUCGACCUGGCCCUGGCCUCGCAGGGCGGGCCCCAGGGCUGCGGGGGCCACGUCCCCAGGGGCCGCUCCCGGAACGAGUCGGACCUCACCUGCGGCCUGGGGCCCUCCCGCUCCCCCAGCGCCAGCGCGGACGCCUACGAGGACCGGCCCCCCGCCCGGAGACCCCCGCCCGAGGGCAUGGGGGGCGGGGGAGAGCCUCCGGUGGGGGGCUUGCUGCCCCACAGGAACAGUGCCAGCGAGGAGGCCGUCGGCAGCAGGGACCGCAGGUCGCCCAACAAGCCCGAGUACCCUUACAAGAAAUCUGCACUUUAACGGGAGGAGAGGAGCGAGAUGACAGGGAGGGCGGAGGUGACUCCGCUCCUUCCCUCUGCAGACGGUGGAGCUCUGACCGGUGCGCACACACCUCAGAGGACUCCGGGUGUAAGGCACUAAGCACAGGGUGACCCUGGACGGGGCCCGGGGCCGCGUCCCCGGCUUCACCACGCGGCGUCACAGGAGGGUUGGUUUGGCUCGAGGAGCCUCCGCGGGCUCACGGUUCUGCGUGUCGCGCGCCCACACUAACCUCAGCACAGCCUUUCCGGCCAUAAGUGAGCCCGGUCGCAGAGAGCACUUUAACGGGAGAGUAGCCGCUUUUCUGUCUUACUUAUUUUAUCCCUCCAGCCCCGCAGAGCAAGGCCAUGACCCCUCCCAGCCCCUCUGAUUGGCUUGUUGAUCCUCUCGACGCCCUUGGCGUUACCCGCCUUCCCAUGAUCCUCCCUCCCAUAGCCCUGGCUUCCAGUCAUUAUUUCCUUUCUUCCAGUAGCAUAAUUGCUUCCCAGGCUAACGACUAAAUAAUAAGAAGGUAACAAAAGGCUAGACUUUCAACAAUGCACAACUGCCGCAUAAUAUUUUCAUUACAGUUAUUUCUAGAUACCGGGGCUGAUAAUUUGUGCAGGUUUUUUUGUGUUUGUCCACGUUUCCCUUAGCUAGGUAAUGAAUAGGAUUUGCAGGUUAUUGUCCUGGCAUUGUGCCGUAUUCGGCCUGCAAUGAAUGGUCUCCCCUGGGAAGCAAGUAAUAGCGUUGGGCGCUAGGUGGCUUACGUUUGCAAAUAAUUCAAGGUUUGAAAAGGGGUACCCUGAAGAGCUGAAAUAAAAUAAUUAUUUAAAAAAAGAAAAAGAAAGGAAAAUUCUCCUCCUGCCCGACAGCUUAUUGUGGCCAUUGCUAUGAAAAAGAAUUAGAGCCGUCGUGUUGUGGAAGGAAAUGAGCACACCGGUGGGGCUGGCGGGCUUGUUCCUGCGUAGUGGGACCGCUGGAAUCACUUAUUUUACCCAGGGUGCCGUUCUUCUGCUGCGAGCGCCGGUAGACCCCGCGUUUCGCCCUGGUGGCUUCCUGCCACGCGUUCUGAUGAAGUCCGGCGAGGCUGACGAACACGCUUUUAGUAUCGCCGCAGGACCGCCGUCUCGCUGCGGGGUCUCCGCUAUAGCCAUGUGCCGUUCACCUGUCCCCCCCCCCCCGCCAACCACCUCCUCUCGAAGCCUGAGCUCAGAAACUCUGAGGUGCGGUUCCAGCGCUCUCGACCAAGCCAACCCCCGCCAUGCGUUCUGCUCCCACGUUGAUGCCCGGUGCCCUGCGCUGUCUCCGGACUCCGUGCCGAACCUCGCAGCUGUGCGGUCCGGAGAAAUGAUAACGAUUAUAAUGAUGUCCAACGCUGCCUGUUAACCAGGCAAGGGCUGAUCCCUCUUCUGGGGACUCGAACGGUUACAACUGUUAAACACACACAAAGGGUUCCAUUAUAAACCAGCACACCUGUAUCAUGGCCAGCAUAAUCAUAACAGAGGAACGAUCUGACCUCUCCCAAGCCCCUACCCCCCAAACCCCCUUCUUUUCACCCUCCCCCACCUGCAGCACUUAUGUAUUCCUCAUCAUAUUGCCGUUUACCUCUACUGUCUUUUGGUUCUCUCUCACUGGGGUUUGCCAUUCAAACAGGCCAGAGCUGCACCACGGUUCUGUUAGGGGUCCGCCCAGGAAACAGGCAGGCAGCAGUGCCGAGGCUUCCUUCCCCUGGAACACACCCAGCCGAGGACUGGCCUUUGCGCAGACUGUCUUCAGGGGGAGCGUCUCGUCUCAGAAGCGUGUUCUCUCUGUGAGAGAAGGGGGGGGGUGGAGGAGGGAAUCUGUUACGGACAUGCCCAACACACGCGUACACUCGGCAGGCAAAGGGUUAACGCUAAUGCUAACAUGUCAUUGGUUCUGUGACAGGUUUGCAUUCAGCCUGGCUGUAAGGGUGUAGUUGGUCCGUACACCCGUGAGAGUGGGCAGUGCUCAGCGGUUAUUCCACGUGCUCUUUUUAAUCAAGCCUGUAAUUGCAUACUGGCAACAAAACAACCUGUCUAAGUCCAUCAAGCUGUGUGCAAUCAGAAGCCACAGACUACAGUUCAGUUAGGCAGUAGGUUUUCUUUUUUUUUUUUUUUUUACCCAUUUCUUUCAGUGGCAGCAAAUGCAAUAUAAAAAGCCUUAACAUUUUGACUUUUUCUUUGCACUCCAGUUCAGUGGAUCCCUCCUUAAAGGUGCUGUCUGUGUUCUUUUCAUCGUGGUGGUUGUCCGCUGCCAACGGUCUUCUCUGCAACACUAUACUUGAACCGCGUUUGAACCGUUCCCCUGAAACCCAAAUUUCCCCUCUUCCCCUCCCCCCAGCUCGAUUCUCAUAAUCUCCACAGCACCAUCUCCUGGACUGAUUUAGAAUGUGGGAGGCAGUCAAUUGCUUUUCCACUGUCCUGUACAAUGGUUUUCUACCUCUGUCCAUCAGUGUAACUUCCCCCAAAUCCCCUAAAAUAACUGUAUGCGGUUUAUUGUUCUCAUGAUUAAUAAUUUAUUUUUGUAUUCCAUACACCUGCUGCCAUAACUGCUUUUAACCAGGUAUUCUCUUAUAUGCAAUCCUCCAGUAUUUACAGAGUAUGUAGUUAUGUUUUCACAUUUAUCCAUCAUCAUAAUCAUCAUCCUCAUUUUCAUUGGCAAGAAGACUGAAAUUACUGGCUGGCACCUUAAAUAUUAGUGAGUUUCUGCAGGUGUUGGAGAGGGUCCCUCUGGUCCCUUUAAAGGCUCAGUUCAACUCCUCUGCCUCCAUACUGUUCACCAGAGGGACUGGCUCAGCUUAACUCCUCUGCCUCCAUACUGUUCACCAGAGGGACUGGCUCAGCUUAACUCCUCUGCCUCCAUACUGUUCACCAGAGGGACUGGCUCAGCUUAACUCUGCCUCCGUACUGUUCACCAGAGGGACAGGCUCAGCUUAACUCUUCUGCCUCCAUACUGUUCACCAGAGGGACAGGCUCAGCUUAACUCUUCUGCCUCCAUACUGUUCACCAGAGGGACAGGCUCAACAUAACUCUUCUGCCUCCAUACUGUUCACCAGAGGGACUGGCUCAGCUUAACUCUUUUGCCUCCAUACUGUUCACCAGAGGGACAGGCUCAGCUUAACUCUGCCUCCAUACUGUUCACCAGAGGGACAAGCUCAGCUCCUCUGCCUCCAUACUGUUCACCAGAGGGACUGGCUCAGCUCCUCUGCCUCCAUACUGUUCACCAGAGGGACUGGCUCAGCUCCUCUGCCUCCAUACUGUUCACCAGAGGGACUGGCUCAGCUCCUCUGCCUCCAUACUGUUCACCAGAGGGACUGGCUCAGCUCCUCUGCCUCCAUACUGUUCACCAGAGGGACUGGCUCAGCUCCUCUGCCUCCAUACUGUUCACCAGAGGGACUGGCUCAGCUCCUCUGCCUCCAUACUGUUCACCAGAGGGACUGGCUCAGCUCCUCUGCCUCCAUACUGUUCACCAGAGGGACAGGCUCAUCUCCUCUGCCUCCAUACUGUUCACCAGAGGGACAGGCUCAUUUGAACUUUGAGGCCGUUUGAAUAGCCUUUUUAAUCUGCCUUUUUAUCAACAAAAAUAAAACUUGCAGAAGCAUUACAACAUAAGAUCACGCCAAAACAGCUCAUGUCUGAAAAACACACACAUGGUAUAGGGUAGGGGACAUAGUCUUACAUAUAUUUAGAUGUAUCAUUAAUCUGUCCUCUGUCAAUGAAGGCUGAAAGGGAUUAACGGGGCAGACGCAAUACUUUGAAUCUCGCGACUAGCCCCAGGAUGUUGUGGAAAAAAUACCAAUUUCACAUACUAGAGUAGCUACAUGUUUUGGAAAACGCUUGUUAAAUGAGUAAUGCUACUUUAAGACAUUAUUACCGCUACGACAUGCUUUGUGAAACUCACCGCUGUUCAACCGAGGGACAGUUAAAUUCCUCUGGUUUACCAGAAGGACAGGGUCUGAGAUGGAGUUGCAUGAACAAUUCAUUUGUUACUACGUUGAACGUUACUGUCCUUAAAUCAAAGACACCGGCAUUAAAGUGUCAUGAACUCUCAGGAGUGAGUCCUCAGGCAUGGACUUGGGAAAAGGGUGAGAAGCGGUUUGAGAAACUGCUUCCUGGUCUGUCAGGAGAGGUAGUGAGAGAUGUAGUUGUAUUCAACCUUUUUUCAUUUGUGUUUUUUUUCCAUCAGUGGUUUUUGGCUUCAGGACUACUUGACUUGGAGGGCGGGUGUACAGUGUACAUCUUUUGCAUUGUUGCCUUGAUUUGGUGUAGUUUAUGACAAUCGUUAAGCUUUGACAAUCUCUCCAUACCCCACCCCCCACCCCUAUGUUCCAGUUCCAGUCCCAGGUCAUGCUAACAGCUCCUGGAGACAUUCUGUUCCUGAAACGUCUCGGUCUUGAAAUCUCUGUCUGACCCUGAGUGGAAAUGUCAUGAUGGCCCUGCUCAACCAAGCUCAGGAGAAGGAGACCAAAAUAGCUGGCUGACCCAGCCGUAGGCACGGAGUCAUCCGAUUCGGCAGCAUUGCACAUUUGUUGAUGUCUGAUACUAUCACGGCUUUUCAUUUAAGGAUAACGGCAUACUGCAUCAACUUGCUCAAUCUGAAUUAAAUGAUCUACAGUUCGACCUACACUUUGAGCCACCAGUAAUACAGCAGCAGAAUUUGGGCUUAGCAGGUGAACCAGAUGUGAUGGGGACUUGGUUGUGGCAGUGUUUAAUCUUGGCCAUUCCUCCAGUACUGUCCCCUUUACGUGUCAUAAAGAUUGUUAAUCACAGACUGGCCCCAUCCAUCCUCCCUCAUCACUGGUGUUAUGUGCUCACGUUUAUUUGUAUGUCUACAGGUUGCAAAUCUCUUUGUUGAGAAUGAAGGGAUUGUAGAAAUAGUGUGAUCUCUGGAGAGGUUACUGUUGUAGCAUCGUGACCCAUGUGUAUGGCCAUACUGAAAACCAAUGUAAUUGGUUUGAUGAAGCUGGACCCUCCUUGCUCUGAAAGAGAAAAGGGAACUUGGUAUUAUAUAUAUUUGUAGUCCAUAAAUAGUGUGCAUGGAAAAGAGGGACUGUUACUAUGUUGUGAGGUGCUUGAAGUAGAGAAAAUGGGGGUUUGGCAGAGUAAUUACUGUCAGUGGAUGUUCAAAUGAAUGGUUCACCGUACAGAUUCAGAGAACAGGAAUUUGUUUGGAAAUUCAGAUGUGAACCCUUUAAUAAGCGCCAGUAUGACUUGUUUCAACGGAAACUUCCUCCUGACCUAGUUCCUCAGAGAGGCAGAUGAGAUAUAAGCUAUUUCUUUCCUUUUUGCUUUUGUUUUUGAGUUAUGGAAGUAUGCUGCAAAAUGCAGACUUAUUCUUCUUCUCCAACACGUUUUAAGACUGACCACCAGGGAAACUUUGCUCAGCCCAACAACAGGUCUUUAAAAUGAAGUUUUCACAGGAAAGCAAAACUACAGAAGAUGGGGCUGGAGUGUGUUGUGUACGCGGUUUGAAAUGUGGCGAGACCGAUUCCGUCUGAUUUGCGAUUUCCAUUAGCCGUCUCCUGCGAUUUGAGGUGUCAUUUAUAUUUACAUAACAUGUCAGGUCUGACAACCGAUUCAUGAAUCACAACAAUGGCCAUCAGAGGCAAUCAGUGUUUUGUUCAGUAGCGUUUCCCCUGAAGUCAAUCAGUGUAUAUCUCACUUGAGUAGCUGAUUGUAAGUAAUAAGGAGCUAAUAUGACAGUUUGUUGUAAAUGAGCUGUAUUGCUGUAUGUAUUUCUUUGCACCUCAAAUGUACAGGACUUGCCACUGCACUACAACGGGCGUCUUAAUUUACUUGUUCAUCUGUAUUUGCUAAGAGGUUAUGUUGAAUCACCCAUCCACAUCCCAUUCUCUUCCAUCCCAGAUGGACACUUUUCUUAUUCAUUACAUCUUUAUUAGCUCAAUGUUUCCUGGCGUAGCUUGCACUCAGUAUUAUCAGAUGCCAUAUGAUCUGGUACAUUUAACUCAGUCUCGACGGUUAAAAAAAAAAAAAAAAAAAAAGAAGUAAUGUGUAGUUGAGUAUUAUGCUUCUUUGCUUUGAAAGACCGAAACGAUGAUUUGAUCUCCGUGUGUGUUCAAGCGAUGUGUCUGAAGUCCCAGAGACUUUAAAGCAGCACAAGAACUUUGAGAAGGUCAACAGAAACGUGUUUUACAUUUAUUCUCCACGCCACUUUUGUUGCAGUGAAGUGACUUCUGAGCAAGACCAUCUUUUUCCAUUUUUCCAUCCGGUUUGCUUCAUGGGGAAAAAAUGCAGACUGCCAUGUUUUUUCUUUUCUUUUUAAUGGAUAGCUUGGUUUUCUGGGAUGAUUUUCUGCCUUUUUCUUGGAGAUCCUCCGUGUGUUUUCCUUUGUAUAGAGACAAGUUAGUGCCUUCCCUGCCAAUGGCUGGGCAUUUUCUUGAGAAGUGAACUUUUGUCCUAUGCAAGCGUUUUCUACAAACCUGCAUAAACCAGUCCUUUGUAAAACUAGUAAUGCUUCAUGUAUAUAGUGUUUUUGAGAAAUAGUAUUUUUUAAUUUUUAGGUACAUUUGAACAGAAACUUCUGGAAAUUUGUGGUUUGGUAAAUAUACAUUUUAUAUAUAUAAAACAAAGGUGGGUUGUAUUUGUUGUAUAUAUAUAAACUUUCUUGUAGAUUCCCAUAACAAGUUGUACAAAGUUUCACUGGUUCUAUUUUUCUACUGUCAUCUC